GUCGACUAAUAAAAAUCAAGGAUUUUGUGAAUUCAGAGUGUCUGAGAGCGGUGGUGACGUUCCAUUCCAAAACCUCAAUUUCUCGACUUCCGCCGCUUUGCCCUCUUCUUCACUUCAAUUCAAUCCAAUUCAACAACCACCAGAGACUUUCUUCAUCUUUUCACCAUCCUUCAACUCAUAUUCCCAAUUGGAUUCCCCUAAUUUUCAAUUUCCCCCAAAAUCAUGGACCUCCAAUUUCCGCCAACAUCCAAUCCCCUUCCUCUCUUCUUCGCCGGCUAUUUGCUCCUCUACCUCAUCGCCUAUUCAAUCCUCUUCCGCUCCUGGGCCUCCAAGCUCCGCCCCGAAGCUUCCAGCUGCGCUAUCUCCCUAGCUCACGGCACCCCCGCAGUAUUCCUCGCCGCCCGCGCUAUUCUCUCCGACCCGGCCCCGGAUUUCCACUCCUCCAACACGCCGCUGCAAAGCCUCGUAUUGGAUUACAGCAUUGCCUAUUUCCUCAUGGAUCUCGUCCACUAUCUCAUCUUCUACCCCACCGACGUCCUCUUCAUCGGCCACCAUCUCGCCACGCUCUUCGUCUUCGUCACCUGCCGCUACCUCGUCUACCACGGGGCCGUCGCGAUUCUCGUGCUGCUGGUGCUGGCCGAGGUCACAAGCUUCUGCCAGAACGUGUGGACGCUGGCGAGUGCGAGAAGGUCGGAUGUGGAGAUUGCAGCUAAGGUGUUUGAUAUUUUGUCUCCUCCCUUUUAUGCACUCUAUUCUGUUGUGAGGGGCUUCUGCGGCCCUUAUUUUGUGUAUAGGAUGUUUACAUUCUAUGUCACUGGGGCUGCGGAUGCUGUGAUUCCCAAAUGGGUUUGGAUUUCGUGGCUCCUCGUCGUUGUCACCGCAAUUUUCGUUAGUAUAUUGUGGAUUGUGAAUCUUUGGGUUGCUUUCUUUAGAGAAAAGAAGAAGAAAGUUGAUAAGAAGGUUAGAUAGUGGCAAAAGUUGGUGUCUUUCUUACAUUAUGUGUUCUAUGUAACAUGAGCGUGGACAUGAAAAUGCAAUACAUUGCUAUUCUGUUCUUGCGAUCACAAUGUGAUGAGUUUGCGUUAUGAAUAUAUGAUUAUGUUAAACUUUGUCUAGUAA